GCAUACCCCUCUCUCUCUCUCCUCUCUCCUCAUGUCAUCUUCCUUUUUCUGUUUCCUUAAUUUUUAUCCCCACCACCACUACCCAUCUUUUCUCUGACUUCUCUGAUGUCUGCACAUACCCCCCACCCCCCACAACCUCAAACCUUUCAUUUUUCAUAAUUUUUUUUUUUUAAACUUUGAAGUGGACCUUUUGAGACAUACCCAUGUUGUCCUUGAUGAUGCAUUACUAGUCUACUCCCACAACUCCACCACUCCAUACACAGGGAUGCAUGUCUGCUACUCUCAAGCAGCAACCUGAAAAUUGCAGCAAUCUAUCUUGUGGUGAUCUUUAGUACGAUGAAGGGUUCAGAUUUUGAUCUUGAAGUGGAGGCUUCAUCUGAGAAUGAUUAUGAUAUCAUCAGCCAAGUUGGUUCCAACGUAUCGAUCCAAGAAACCUUAACUGAGGCGUCGAAGAACAGCCUUGCAGAUUCGUCGAAGAUGUCUGGUCUCAUGGCACUUCAGUUGAGCUCAGAGCCUGUUUCUCUUGACCUGUCUCUGGGAUUUAAGCCUGGCUGCUUUGAUAAAAUGGCGGGCAGGCAGGGGUCUGCAGCAUUCUCGGUUUCCAGCACGAGUGAGAGCAGCAAUGAACUGACUACCCAAACCACAGGAUCAGCCAAUCCAAGAGUGUUCACUUGCAACUUCUGCAAGAGGAAGUUCUAUAGCUCCCAGGCGCUUGGAGGCCACCAGAACGCCCACAAGAGGGAGCGAACGCUGGCCAAACGUGCGAUGAGAAUGGCUAUUUUCUCCGAGAAGUAUGCCAGCUUUGCAUCUCUGCCCUUGCAUAGCUACACAGCAGCAGCAGCAGCAGCCAGAUCCCUAGAGAUCAAAACACAUUCUUCACUUCAUGGCUUUGCACCAACGAUGAGGCCACUCGAUUUCAGAACCUACUCAAAGUUCGAGCCCGCUUUGCUUAGCCAGCCAAUUUAUGUGGAAGAUGAUGAGCCUAAGAUGUUGUGGCCGGGCAGUUUUCGCCCCGAGUCUGCCUCUCACCGUACCUGUGUUCUAACAGGAACCUCAACUAUGAACCAUGUAGAAAUGGCACAACUUCUGGACACUGACAAGUCUGCACCAGAUCUUACACUCAGGCUUUAACCAGUUUCUAACACGAAUAGGCUUCUCUGUACAGAGACAACCAAAAAAAAAAAAAAAAAAACCCUCAGCACAGCUGCAAGAUAAAGUGUACACUACUACACAUUUUCCAGCCAACUCCUGCACAGAUGACUGUCUGCAGUUUCCUGCUCUUAGGAGCCAGUAUCUUGUCUUUUGAUACUUUCUGCUUUCCCCAACAUGUUUUUAGUUAACAGGUUGAUGUAUUGGAAUCUUAGUUCAUUGUUGGCUUUUGACAAAAUAAAAAAAAAAAAAAAAGAAGCUUUCUUUGUGAA